GACAAAAACAAUUUCUUCCAAAACAAACAUCGAAACAAAGUAUGGCCCUUUGUUUCAAAUUGGUGCGAAACAGCCAGCGGCCGGGACGGAACGGUGUAGCGAUGCCUUGCAAGGCCACGGAACAUAUCAACGUCGACAAGAGAGACCUCAUAUCGGUUCGGGCAGUUGUACUCGGCCAUUGCCGAAAACUGUGCUUAUACGUUCGACCAUAUUAUUCACAUUCGCCAGCAUUUCGGAAAAGCUGAGGUAUUGGAUCUCAAACCCCUUCAGCACCAUCCUGGCUGUUCCCGCUUCUUCAACUCUUUCAUGAAGGAAAUUUUGCGGCAGCACACAGAUCGCUUCGGCAGCAACGACGUGUACCAGGUGAACCUUCUUCCGCAAACGAUUACGCUAAGAAUCAACCAAACCGACAAUGUUCAGAACAACCCGGCAAUAGUUUCAAGCGCAGAUGACGACUGCGGAAGUGGCCAAACAAGUGGGAUGACGACACGAGCGCCACACGGAGCAUCGAUCUGGAGCGGCAGAUGCGUCAGUGUUCAAAACAAGAACAUGCUGACCUCAGACGCCAGCUUCGCCUACGAGCAGGAGGAGGCUGUUGGUGGUGAAUUGAUAAAGGCACCUUCCGAAGAGUAUCUGCUACCGGAAGCAGCUGCGGCCAGUACAAGUCAGCGCCGGCAACCACUAACCGCCACCUCGACGACGAUCCGGACGACUGACAAACCAUUUAAGUUCCAAUGCCAUCCGUGACGUCUCCAAUCAACAAACUAACUCUUCCACUAAUAAAAAUGCAUACGAAAUAAAAAUUCCUCGUUAUUUUUG